CCAUGACCCAUAACUUGGCUACAAAUCAAGGCAGCCUAAUGGGCCUCUUGGCAUGACUUGAGUAGGGACACUGCUGUCUCCCUUGGUCAUUUUCAGGGAUCAGAAGUUCCUCAAACAUUAAAUAUUCAUUCUUUGGUAUUAAAGCCAGUGAUCCCAGUUAAAACUAUGAGAGGGAGAGCAAGAGGACCAAACUGUCCUCAGUAUAAUUUGGUGCAAUGAUGAAGAGUUUUUUCCUAGUUGUGAAUAUCGUUGCAUUAGCCUUGCCAUUUUUGCAGGGUGCAGAGGUGCAAAACCAGGAACAGCCACCUUGCCGUGAAAAUGAUGAAAGACCAUUCAAUCAGAAAACUGCCAAGUAUAUCCCAUUUCAUUAUGUGCUGAAUAACUAUCCUCGCUAUGAACACACUUACUACCCACAUAGACCAGCUGUACCAAUUAAUCAUCAAUAUGUGCCUUAUCCAUAUUAUGCAAAACUAGUUGUAUUUAGGCCACAUGCCCAAAUUCCUCAAUGGCAAGUCCUGCCAAAUGCCUACCCACCCACCGUGGUACAUCGCCCACACCUACAUCCAUCAUUUAUUGCCGUCCCUGCAAAGAAAAUUCAGGAUAAGACAGGCAUCCCUACCAUCAAUACCAUUGCUACUGCUGAGCCUACACUUAUUCCUACCACUGAAUCAAGAGUGGACACUGUAGUCACUUCAGAGGCUUUCUCAGAAUACACCAUCACAAGCACACCUGAGACUACCACAGUUCCCGUUACUUCACCUAUAGUCUAAAAACUCUGAGGAAACAUCAAAGACAACACAGGUCUUGAUGAAGCUAAAUGACUACUCUAAACUCUCCUUUGGUCACUCAUCUACAUUCAUUCAAGAGAGAAUGUGAUUUUGAUGGAUUUGGCUCCUUUCUCUUCUCCCUUCACAUUUUACGUCCAUAUCACAUUUAAUUUUUUGU